CCUUUUCUCUCUCUCUCUCUUGACAAAGAGUUGUACAGAGAGAGAAAAUGGAAGAAACCAAGAAGAAAGAAGACGUGAACGGAGGAGAUACGACGGCGAAAGACUUGACGAAGAAGAAGAUGCUAGUCUCCGAGGAGGACGAUCACGACGAGUACACUCCGGACGAAAUCAUGAAGCUCGUUGAGUCUUCUUCACCGACGACGGAGAUCAAAGGAACUAACUUUUCCGGCGAGGCGAGUUUCAGAGUGAGGUUUAUCGACGAUCCGUACGCGAUUCCGGUGGUUGUUCAGUCGUCUUCCGGUUACAUCACGAUCAACGUCAACGAGGAGAGCUGUGGCCCGUCGUUUUCAGACAGCAACGCUUCCGCGAUGGCUAGUGUCGACGCAAGUGGUCUGUUCGGUUGCUGUUUCGAUUACAACGGAGAGAAAGGCGGCGCGUGGAGUACAAGCGAGGUUGUAGCGAGUGAGUAUGAGUGGGACGAGGAUUCGCUGGCGAGGUUUCUAGGGGAAGACUGUGUUUGACCAAAGCUGUCGUCUUGCGGAGAAAGCUAAAUUCUUUGGGGUUAUUUUGGUCUUUUCGAUGGACGGUAAUUAAAGUGGAAAUGAUUUACACGUUGUUAAUAGGAAGGAAAAAAAUGGAAAUUCAGUUAAUUAAUGGUAGUAAAGUGGACUAGUUAGUAGCUACGUAAUUAAUGUGACCAUUUUGGCAGUUUCGUGACAUGGCGGUACUAAUGGGCCGAGCUAAUGGGUAAUGCCUCUAGGUUUA